AUGGAAAACUCCGAAGAAAAAGUUGUUAUGACGCCCAAGUGUAAAACACCAACAUCGACUACCAUAGUUGUAGAAAGAAAGGUUGUUGAUACCGAACCGAGUGAUAAAAUACACAUUGCUGGUGGUGAUCACACUGGAAUCAUUAUAAACAAGGAAAAAGUUUAUGGUGAGACAAACUUUCUAUUUCUUCGCAAAGAAUAA